GCGUCGUCUCGUCUCGGCCUCGUUCCUAUCGCCCCGUGCGCCCAGUCCACCGCCGCGGCCCCUCCUCCCUUCGCCCGCCCGGGACUCGAUAAAUCCAUAAUCCACGUGUGAAGUGCCCACCGCGCCACCACCCCACGCCACGCCGCCCGUGUAAACCCCACCCGGAUCGGCGGCGGCCGGUGGCCGGUCCCCGAGUCUCGAAGCGAGCGACCCACCGCCCCGGCCACCAUGCUGCGCUGCCACACGCCGCCGCAAUGCGGCCGCGCGCCGCUCCGCGGGAGGCGGGAGCCGCGCGCGGCGUCGGCGACGGUGGUGCGGUGCUCGCGGGGCGCGCCGCAGGUGUCCGGGCUCGAGGCGGCGUCGGGCCACGCUGCUGCCUCGUUGGAGGCGGAGGUGGGUGGACAGAGGCCGAGCCUGGCGGAGCGGCUGCGGCUGGGGAGCCUCCUGGAGGACGGGCUGUCGUACAAGGAGAGCUUCAUCGUGCGGUGCUACGAGGUGGGCAUCAACAAGACGGCCACCGUCGAGACCAUCGCCAACCUCCUCCAGGAGGUAGGAUGUAACCAUGCACAAAGUGUUGGGUUCUCCACCGAUGGUUUCGCCACAACCACAACAAUGAGAAAACUUGGACUUAUUUGGGUGACGAACCGAAUGCACAUUGAGAUCUACAAGUACCCAGCUUGGGGUGAUGUUGUUGAGAUUGAGACCUGGUGCCAAGAAGAUGGAAGGAUUGGUACUCGCCGUGAUUGGAUUCUUAAGGACUUGGCUAAUGAUGAAGUUAUUGGCAGAGCUACUAGCAAGUGGGUCAUGAUGAACCAAAAUACACGCAGGCUUCAGCGAGUCAGUGACGAAGUGAGGGAUGAGGUGUUUGUACAUUGUCCAAAGACUCCAAGAUUAGCAUUCCCAGAGGAAAAUAAUGGCAGUUUGAAGAAGAUUCCAAUUCUUUCAGAUCCUGCACAAUACUCAAGACUAGGACUAGUGCCAAGAAGAGCUGAUCUGGACAUGAACCAACAUGUCAAUAAUGUUACUUACAUUGGUUGGGUCCUUGAAAGCAUACCUCAAGAUAUAAUUGAUACCCAUGAGUUGCAAACGAUCACUCUCGACUACAGAAGAGAAUGCCAGCAUGAUGACAUAGUUGAUUCGCUUACUUACAUAGAGGAAGGAGAGGAGAAAAGUACGAACGGUUCUGCUUUCGCAGCGCCGCACAAAGAAGAGCAGCAGCAGUUCCUGCACUGCUUGAGAUUCGCAGGGACUCGGGAUGAGAUCAACCGCGGCCGCACUGUGUGGAGGAAGCUAGCUAGAUAAAAUGGUUUUGAUCGGUGGUAUUCUGCUCUCCCUAUUGUCUCACCAUUUUGCCUUUCGCAGCCUAGAAUUAUUUAAGAAUCAAUUGUACUGCAAUUUUGUGAUGAAUUAUUACCAUUUGGAGCGUAAUAUGUGAUGAUGCCAUUUUGUAACAUUCGUUGGACCUCAGCUGGAGUUGUAACUGCUGUCCGUUUUGUACCAGUGCACAAUGUUGUACGAUGCAAUAAUCUGCCUUUCUCCAGUUA